AAAACCUCUUUUAUUCGGGUUGAAACAUUAAUUACCUAGCGAGUGCGUGUAUAGAAUAUAAAAUCUCCGUCGCCGUUUUGUAAAAUUCACUAUAAAGUCGAUUAUGGGAGUAUAUUGUUAAAAAAGAUACAUAUUGAUUAAGAUAUCGGAUUUACUGCUUUGUUUAUCGGCUACAAGUCGGACAGCUAUCGUAUCGGAUACUCAUCGGGAUAUCCGCCAUAUAAUCGCCAUUGGACAGACAGUCUAUGCAUAACCAUGACCCGUUUCGCUGCAUGCGGUAAGAUCUCGCGGGCUGGUACGAGAUUUUCCGAGCAAGUGACGUCACUCUUUUACGCGAUUGGCUCGUCGAUAAAGCACGUGCUGGCAUGCGCACUGCUUGUCUUUUGCAUCUACUUGGUAAACUUGCUAUUCGGCACACAAGCAGAUCAAAGUCACCUGAGGCCCCUGGAAUGGUACGGGAGGUUUUGGUGUAUAAUCCUGUAUACUAUGCGAUGUAUACCUUACCUGUCAGUGCCUUUCGCCAUCACUAAUCUACUCGGCAUAGUCACCAUGAACACAUUCCCCCGCCCUCCAACCCUUAAAGUUGCCCUGGCCAAAAUCCCGUUCAUGUGUUUCCGGGUGGUCACUAGGGGUUCGUACCCGGAUCUCGUCAGAACCAACGUGGAGAGAAACAUCAAAACUUGCUACAAGAUUGGCCUGGAUAAUUUCAAGUUUGAAGUUGUCACAGACAAAGCUUUAAAUCUCCCGAAAUCUUCCUUAGUCCGCGAGCUCGUUGUGCCAAAUGAAUACCGAACCAAGAAUAAUUCGUUGUUCAAAGCCCGCGCCCUACAUUACUGUAACGAGCCCGCAGUGAAUAUUUUGUCGAACGAUGACUGGGUGAUACAUUUAGAUGAAGAAACGCUGCUGACAGAAUCUUCGACAAUCGGAUUGGCUAAUUUUGCUACUCAAGGUGAAGGUGACAUUGGACAAGGUGUGAUUUCUUAUGCAAAUGAGGAGAUUGUUAAUUGGUUAACAACCCUAGCGGACAGUGUACGCGUGUCUGUUGAUCUUGGAAUGAUGCGUUUCUCAUUCCGGAAGUUAGGCUGCCCUUUAAUGGGAUUUAAGGGGUCGUACAUCAUAGUUCGUGAAUCCGUCGAAAAGGAUAUCGGAUUUGACUUUGGCCCUAAGGGCAGUGUAGCCGAAGAUGUUAUGUUUGCACUUAUUGCAUGGGGAAAAGGGUACAAGUUCAACUUCGUUGAAGGCGAAAUGUGGGAAAAAAGUCCAUUCACUAUUGGAGACUAUAUCAAACAGCGAAAGCGUUGGUUUGUUGGUCACGUGUACACACUUCUCAGCAGUGAAAUUCCUCUAAAGUGUAAGCUGGGUAUGAUCCCUACGGACCUAGGAUGGUUCCUUCUUUUUGGAAAUAUUUUAAAUUUGCCAUUAUCUAUCGUGUUUCCAGUUCCGCUUCCGGUAUUUAUGAACGUCAUUGCCGGAAGUAUGGGUGGAACUAUUCUAUUUUUGUUCGUGUUUGGUUCAAUUAAGUCGUUCAGUAUCAGAAAGCACGGUCUCUUCAAGAAAAUUCUUCUCAUAUUUGCGAAUGUCCUAAUAAUCCCCUUGGCGGCUUGCCUAGACGCCAUUGCCUCUCUUUACGGCUACUAUACCCGCGACUCGGGCGGUUUCCACAUUGUGCUAAAGGAAACGCAGAAGACACAGACGGACAGAAACCAACAAAACGCCCAAUUGCGAUUGGACGUGGUUUAAACUGUCCACUUAAACAUUUUGUGGUAUAACUCGAAGUAAGAUUUUCAUCCUAAAGACAUCGAUUUUAUGUAACAACUGUUGCUAAGUCCACGACAAUGGAACCAUCAGCCUCGUCGUUAAAAUAACUUCAACCUCGGCCAAAUUAGACAUAAAACACAAUUUUAAGUAAUAAUUACUAAAUUUGUAACACUACGCACAAUCUUUCUUAAAUCGUCUGUGAAUUAAACUACGUAUGUUUCCAUUUUAAUUAAAAUCAGGACUUGAAUGUUUUCUUAAAUUACUUAUAUUGUGAAGCAGCUCCUGUUCUAUUAACUCGUUAUAUUGUUUAAACUGGCUUUACGAUGUUUACUCCUGGCACCUCCAAGUUGAAUAUAUUGUCCCAUUAAUCCAAAGAAAUUGUCUUUGGAAUAUAUUUAUUUCGUUGUUCUUAAAACACUGACAUUAUUAAUGUUUGUAUAUAAGAAAAAUACAAAUGUAAGGAUUUAA